CACAUGUCAUUUCUCCAGGGCAUUUGUAUUUGCAUUUAAAAUAAUUUAAAUUAUUGGUUGAAAUUGGAGCUGGCGUUGACAGUGAUAUUUAGUAUUGGUGUUUAAUCUUUGCAACUUUUAAAUAUUUUGAAGGAAAAUUUGUAAGAUGAGAGUGGAUAAAUCGCAGUUGUUGGGAUAUACUAGGAGAAAAAAGCAAAACGGGAAAGUAUUGGAAAGCAAAAUCUUUGAAAAGGCAUUCAAACAAAUCAGAGGAAAUCUUCAAAACGCUGGCUGUGUAAAUGUGAAUCAGGAUGUUCUGCAUGUACUUACUCUAUGGGUUGAUUAUAUCAGGGAACUUAAAAUUGAAAACUCGAGAAUAGAGACAAUAAUCAAAAAUUAUUCUCGGAUAGACAACAUCUUUCAAAACAUGAAUAAACGAAUAGAGAUGCUAGAGAUGCAAUGGAAAGAGGAUGAAUCCACAGGAGAAAGCAUCUAGAUGAUCGUGUUUCUCUUGAGAAAGCUUGAUUUUUCAUUUAUUGCACAUGAAUGAAUAUUUCAACUGAAAUAUGACUAAAUACUAGACUAUGUGUCAAGUUUAAAGCAAAAAUCAGAAUUGUUAACAAAGUAAUCAUAUCACCUCAAGUAAAAUAUCUUUCAUUUAGAGCAAUUGAUAUACUGAAUCAAAGAACACUGACACUUCAAACCGUUUUUUUCAAAUUUGUUGAAUUUACAAAGGUAUUACUAUUUUGUUACGUAUAAAUGACAAUUUCUAAAGUGUACAAUUUUCUUUCAUAUGGAUUUACUAGAUACAUGUACAUGUAAUGGUCUGAUUUUAGACCGAAGAAGAUUAUUCAUGAUUUCCAUAUUCAUUCAUCAUUCUAUGCUCAUUGUUUUGAACAUGGAUGGAUUUUAAUAUAUGAAAUUGUCAAAUCGUCAAUACUCUAGGAAACAAGAGCAAAUUAUCAUAAGCCAAAUUAAAUCCUAAAAAAAGUUCUGGCUUCAACAAAUUGUUUCUAAGAACACUCUUUUUUCGAAAGUUAUUGCCGCUUAUUGUUAUCAUUGCAUUUGGUGUUUUAUCUUUAACAAAUCGCUAGAAAGAGCACCCGCAUCUUUGCUAGCCAAGGGUUUCCGAUAUAAAAUCUACUGUAGAGUAGAUUUCGGAUCGGAAAUCCUUGGCUAGCGAAGACGGAGCAACCGCUAAAUAAUGUUGUUAAUGUUUCGCCCGCUUGGCGCAUUGAUUAGAGCGUCUCCUCUAGAGUCGCAAAGUAUGGAGUCAAUCCUGAAGUCGCGGGUUCGAAUCCCACUAUUGGACGUGGAGACUAGUCCUUUGGAUGAGACUGUAAAAUCCAAGGUCACGUGUUGUACAAGGUGUUAGAAUGAGAAAGAUCCCGCACGGCAUAACAAACCUGAGCGUUGAACAUUUGUUAAAAAGUUGCAGCUCUCAAUUAGCAAGUGGUGGCGUCCCCAUAUUAGUAAAAAAAAAUCUCGAGAGGGACUUUUA